GCUUGUCACUAGGUGCCAAAAUGGCAGGCUAUAGAGUCAAAUGGGCUCUUGACAAAGAACAAAGCGCAACAGAAACGUAUAGAUUUAAUCACGAAGAUACAAUGGUUUAUACUCUUGACAUCUAUGACUUCAUCAAAAACCAUUUAAGUCGUAAAACUCAUAAAGUCGACGUUUUGUUAGCUGCACCACCAUGCCAAGGAUAUACAACGGCAAAUACGCGCGGCAACAUAAUUGACAUGACCAACAAUAUGAUCUUGGCUUUGACUGUUCCGUUGGUCGUCGAUAAGCUCAAACCUAAAAUCUUAGUAUUUGAAAAUGUUCGAGGAUUCUUCAAUAAAAUCAAAAGCGAUGUAAUGUAUAAAAUGUUUAUCAAUGAUAUGUUGGAUAUUGGAUAUAAAAUAGAAACACGAAUAUUGAAAGCUGCUACUUUUGGUGUUUGUCAACGCCGAGAAAGAUUUUUUCUUAUGGCUGUGAAACAGGGAAUACGCAUGCCAUCAUGGCCAGAACAAACACAUUUCAUAGAUGGCGAGUGCACUGAAGAAGAACGAUCUAAUUAUUUAGAGAUUGGAUUGGUGCCGACGCCAACCGUUUCGAAGGCCUUCCAAGGUUUGACAAAUUCAUCGCCUAAUAUGGAGUAUUGUAAGACAUCUCCAUAUCAUUUAAAGCGGCUCACGCUAAAUUCCAUCCCUUCUACGGUAUUGUGCACGAUUAGUCCAGGAUGGGAUAAUAUCCAUCCCACUGAAUUUAGACAUAUUUCAGUUCGAGAACAGGCAAGGCUUCAAACUUUUCCGGACGAUUACAUUUUUCUUGGUGAUCUGAAUGCUCAAUAUCGUCAAGUAGGAAAUGCUGUUCCUCCAUUAUUGGCGAAGGUAUUAUUGGAAGAAGUUAAGCUAUGCAUUUGA